CGAGGCCUGCAAUCAUAAUUCGAUCGUAGUAACUUUUUUCUGCAUUCUUAAGCACAUGACAAAAUACACGUCUAACGUUCGCGAUUGGUCGACGGCCGUUAAGGUGGGGUCGUGUCCGAUCUUCAUGUUAACGUCUUGAAGCUUAUUCUCCAGCGAGCUUAGCGAUCGUACGGAAGUCUCGUCAGAAACUUAUGUUUGUUUCGUUCAACGAAGUGAACGAGAAACGUGAAAUAUCUUUUGCGCGAUGAUACCAACCAGCACUGUCAGCCAACCGGUUGAAAUCGGCCUCCGCAUUAUUGGGAUAUGGCCGAACUCCUCGAUUCUCUUCAGACUACUUUGGACAUUGGGAAUAGGAACAUCGUUGACCUUCCAGUAUUAUUACUUUUUGACGCACUUCAGCACCGAGGAGCUGCCGAAUCUGAUAGACAGUUUAAGCACCAUCUUGCCGCACAGUCUGCUCUUCUUCAAAUUAUUUGUCCUCUGGAUCAAUAACCGAAUAUUCAACGAUAUCCUGAUGGCGAUGUCCAACGAUUGGCGCGAAUAUUCCAGCAUGUGCGUCAUGAUUGAUAAGGCGGUCCUCGCGCAUCGCUGCUCGAAAUUGACUAUUAGUGUUUACUCGAUAGCGGUGUUGCUUUACAGUAUUGCGUCCGUUAACUUUCGUAGGCAAGCCGAUGAUGUUUGCCGUGAAUUGCUGAUAAAGAUGAAGUUUCCUUUUGAAUUCUGCAAAUCGCCGAUCUACGAGAUAGUGGUGUGCAUGCAAUUUGUUGAUCUUAUGGCGAUUUCCUCUGCUAUAGGUGUACUCGACGCAUUAAUGGUUACAUUGAUGCUGCACAUUGGUGGACAGAUAGAUCUUAUACGACAGGAAGUGGAAGGGAUCUCUUUCCAGAAUAACAAAUAUGAUUUGCCUACUGCUAUUGUGAGAUCUUUAAUUACUAGGCAUCAUAAAAUUAUCACUUUCUCGGAGAAUAUCGAGAGUCUUUUCUCCCACAUCGCACUGAUGCAAUUUAUUUCAAAUACAAUGAUUAUAUGCUGCAUCGGGUUUCUCAUAGUAACCUCAUUGGGCACAGAUGAAGGCAUCAGGAUGUUAGUGAAGACCGUGUUUUUUUACAUCGCUAUCACUAUGGAGGCGUUUAUCUUCUGUUUCGCUGGUGAAUAUUUGAGUAAUAAAAGCAAAACGAUUGGUGAUGCUGCAUAUGAAUCUAUUUGGUAUAAUCUCAAACCUCAGCAUUGUCGUGUUCUACUAUUUAUGAUAAUGAGAUCACAAAAACGAUUGACAAUCACUGCGGGGAAAUUUAUGGAUUUAUCAUUGGAAGGAUUCACAAAUAGUUUGAAAGCCUCUGCAUCGUAUAUAUCUGUUUUAUACGCAAUGUAUUAAUGCCAUAGAAACUUAAGACUUUGUAUAUAUUUGAAAAAGUCAAAAGCUGUAAGAAGGUCGAAUUAUUAUUUUUUUUAUUCUGUAAAUUGUUUGUAACAAUUUAUAGUAACACACGUCGUAAGUAUAAAUAAAAAAAUAUAAACUGUU